AAGGCGGCACUGACUGCUGCGCCUGCGCAGUAGGCCCCCAGUACCGUUGCUCCUCUCCGGCUCCCGCGGGCCGGCUUCACUGUCCAAUGCCCACCCGGAGCUGGGAGGAGGAGCCUGCGUAGUGUGCGUGUAAAGGGAGCGGGGGUGCAGGCUGGGGCACACGGUGUUUGACCCAGUCGGUGAGUAAGAAGAAAAGAAAAGAGGAGGUCCAGAGUACCAGUUCCCGAAAUGUUCCGGUGUGGAGGCCUUGCGGCAGGUGCUAUGAAGCAGAAGCUGGUGCCCUUGGUGCGGACCGUGUGCGUCCGAAGCCCCAGGCAGAGAAACCGGCUCCCAGGCAACUCGUUCCAGCGAUGGCAUGUUCCUCCAGAAUUCCACAUGACAAGACAAAUGGCUAGCUCUGGUGCAUCAGGGAGCAGAAUCGAUAAUUCUGUGUUAGUCCUUCUUGUGGGCUUGUCAACAAUAGGAGCUGGUGCAUACGCCUACAAGACUAUAAAAGAUGACCAAAAAAGAUACAAUGAAAGAAUAUCAGGGUUAGGGCUGACACCAGAAGAGAAACAGAAAAGGGCUGCAUUAUCUGCUCUAGAAGGAGAGCCAGGUCCUCAAGUCAGGGUACCAAGCCAUGUUCCUUUCCUACUAAUCGGUGGAGGCACUGCUGCUUUUGCUGCAGCUAGAUCCAUCCGGGCUCGGGAUCCUGGGGCCAGGGUACUGAUUGUAUCUGAAGAUCCCGAGCUGCCAUAUAUGCGACCUCCUCUUUCAAAAGAAUUGUGGUUUUCAGAUGAUCCAAAUGUCACAAAGACACUGCGAUUCAAACAGUGGAAUGGAAAAGAGAGAAGCAUAUACUUCCAGCCACCUUCUUUCUAUGUCUCUGCUCAAGACCUGCCUCAUAUUGAAAAUGGUGGUGUGGCUGUCCUCACUGGAAAGAAGGUAGUACAGCUGGAUGUGAGAGACAGCAUGGUGAAACUUAAUGAUGGCUCUCAAAUAACCUAUGAAAAGUGCUUGAUUGCAACAGGAGGCACUCCAAGAAGUCUAUCUGCCAUCGAUAGGGCUGGAGCAGAGGUGAAGAGCAGAACAACACUUUUCAGAAAGAUUGGAGACUAUAGAGCCUUGGAGAAGAUUUCACGGGAAGUCAAGUCAAUUACAAUUAUUGGUGGGGGCUUCCUUGGUAGUGAACUGGCCUGUGCUCUUGGAAGAAAAGCUCGAGCCUUGGGCACAGAAGUGAUUCAACUCUUCCCCGAGAAAGGAAAUAUGGGAAAGAUCCUUCCUGAAUACCUCAGCAACUGGACCAUGGAAAAAGUCAGAGGAGAGGGAGUUAAGGUGAUGCCCAAUGCCAUUGUGCAGUCAGUUGGAGUCAGCGGUGGCAAGUUACUCAUCAAGCUAAAAGACGGCAGGAAGGUAGAAACUGACCACAUAGUGACAGCUGUGGGCCUUGAGCCCAAUGUUGAGUUGGCCAAGACUGGUGGGCUGGAAAUAGACUCAGAUUUUGGUGGCUUCCGGGUAAAUGCAGAGUUACAAGCACGCUCUAACAUCUGGGUGGCAGGAGAUGCUGCAUGCUUCUACGAUAUAAAGUUGGGGAGGAGACGGGUAGAGCACCACGAUCACGCUGUUGUGAGUGGAAGAUUGGCUGGUGAAAAUAUGACCGGAGCUGCUAAGCCAUACUGGCAUCAGUCAAUGUUCUGGAGUGAUUUGGGCCCUGAUGUUGGCUAUGAAGCUAUUGGUCUUGUGGACAGUAGUUUGCCCACAGUUGGUGUUUUUGCAAAAGCAACUGCACAGGACAACCCAAAAUCUGCCACAGAGCAGUCAGGGACUGGUAUCCGAUCAGAGAGUGAGACAGAGUCUGAAGCUUCGGAAAUUGCUAUUCCUCCCAGCACUCCUACAGUUCCACAAGCCCCUGUCCAAGGGGAAGAUUACGGCAAAGGUGUCAUCUUCUACCUCAGAGACAAAGUGGUCGUGGGGAUCGUGCUUUGGAACAUCUUUAAUAGAAUGCCAAUAGCAAGGAAGAUCAUUAAGGACGGUGAACAACAUGAAGAUCUCAACGAAGUAGCCAAACUAUUCAAUAUUCACGAAGACUGAAGCCCCACUGUGGAAUAGGCAAGCACUUCACCAUCUCUGAUAGGGUUGGAUGGGUAAAGGAGCAUUUUUUAUUUGGUAAACUCUGUGCAUAUGAGUGUGAAUAAUCAAGUCCUUUGUGAAUAUUUUCAACCAUGCAGGCUAAUUCUUAAUGUUCACAUCAUGAAAUAAAAUAUGAUUCUUCUAAA